GUUUCACUGUCAACAACAAAAAAAACAAUCAGGAAACAGCUCAAAGUGAACAAUUCUGUUCUCAUUAAAAGCAACUCUUUUGAUAGUGUAAAUAUACAAGCACCAGAAAAAGAGCACAAACUUAUUUUCUGUUCUUACAAAAUGGAACAAACAUCACUAGAACCAUGUCGUUCAGACACAUCAAGCACAAUUUCUGCAGCACACGAAGGUGUACCGCGUUUUUUCAGCAGGACAUUACAGUAUCAGCAACGGAAACCAGCAGUUGAACAUCAGGAUCGGGAUCAGGAACAAGAGAUCGAGAAAGUUUCAUGGAACGAAUCAGAUUCGUGCCAUGAAUUCAACGGGGAACUAAACCUCAUUGACUGCCUAAAAGUCAGAUCAUCUCAGAGUUCGACAGAGAACCCACAAGGAUCAGAAAGUGAGCCACGAGUUUUCUCAUGCAAUUAUUGCCAGAGGAAAUUUUACAGCUCGCAAGCUCUAGGUGGACACCAAAAUGCACACAAACGAGAGCGGACAAUAGCUAAACGAAAUCAGAGAAUAGGAGCCACGAUUGCUGCAACUGCUGCAGCGUUUGGGCAUCCGUAUUUACACCACCAUCAACAACAACCAAGUUAUUCGAACAUUGCUUCAUUACCCUUACAUGGGUCUUCCCCCAAUAGAUCCCUUGGAAUUCAGGUACACUCAAUGAUUCACAAACAACCACUUUCUAACAUGACUCCUACAAUGUCGUCUUCGGGAAAUGUGUAUGGACACCAUGGGUGGUCAAGGUUACCUAUUGAACAACAACCUGCUGUAGGGAAGCUAGUGUUGGAUACUUACCACAGUAGCGCCCCUGUGGGACCCACGUCUAGAGGCGGUGCUGGUAGGUUCGGUGUUGAUGAAGGGGUUAGUAGUGGUUGGUGGAGUGGUGAUAGUCCUAUCAAAAGUAAUCAUGAGGAAUCCACAAAGCUUGAUUUAUCCCUCAGUCUCUAAGAAUGUUCCUUUUUUGUCUAAAAGGAAUUUUCUUUUUCUUUUUAGAAUUAGACAGUUUGCUACAAUAUGCUUGAAAAAUGUUAGCUUGACCUCUUUCCUUUAUGGGAUAGUAUUAUGUAAAUUAGCAAAUGGCAAAAGUAAAGAUUUUCUUAUUCAAAGGUUUUUGGGCA